GACGGCCAAUGACGGCUCGAGCGCCUCAUAGCACCGCACAGCAUUUAUUAUGAUAUCGUGAGCAGGAGUUGUUUUGCUUUUCCUGCGGCGUUGAAUUCGUUCCUAGUACUCCGGCAGUCGGGUAUCCUACGCGUUUGGUUGAAUUAUCGACGCCGCGACGCCUGCCAUCAGUGCAAAUCAAUCCAGCGAUUGUUUACGACUGGGCAUUCGUGGUGUCAACGCCAUUUCAUCGUCCUGUGAACGGCCGGAAUCCUGCGGCUGCACAUUUGCACCAUCUGCAACUGCAACGCCUGAAAAUAUACCUCUUCGCCCUAUAUCUGCGCUCAAUCAAAAUGGGCAACGCUGUCAACGCGGGGGCGGACAACGAAGAGCUCACCGACAAUCUCUGCGAGGCGGAUUACAUCCGCACUAAAAAAAUCGAGCGCAUUUUCCGCGCCGUGGACCGCGGCGAAUACAUCCUGCCCGAGUAUCGCGCGAAUGCCUACCGCGAUCAAGCAUGGCGCAGCAAUCACCUGCAUUUAUCAGCGCCAUGUAUCUACAGCGAAGUGAUGGAGGGUUUGGGACUUGGUCCGGGGAUGAGUUUUUUGAAUUUAGGUUCCGGGACUGGUUAUCUCAGUACAUUGGUGGGACUUAUCUUGGGAUGUAAUGGUAUUAAUCAUGGUGUGGAGUAUUAUGAAGAUGUCAUUCAAUACGCCAAUAAGAAGUUGGAGGAUUUCAAGCGCUACAGUGGCGCUGUGGACGAGUUUGACUUCUGCGAGCCGAAGUUUAUUCAAGGAAAUUGCCUGUGCCUUACGUCUGAUCGUCGUUACGACCGAGUCUACGUGGGCGCAGCGUGUCCAAGUGCAUUCGAUAGCUAUCUGAAGAAUUUAGUUAAAGUGGGCGGAAUUCUCGUCAUGCCCUUCCAUGACCAGUUGCUGCAAGUUCGUCGUGAAGCAGAAAACACUUGGUCUGCGACUUCUUUGCUGCCAGUCAGUUUCGCUACGCUUAUUCUUCCCAAAGAGGACUGCAAGGACACUUUUGAUCUAUUGGAUUUGCAACCAGAUUCCUUGGAGAAACUCUGCCGUACCAAAAUCCGCAACAUUUUGCGCACCACCAUCGAAUCCGAUCACCCGGAACUCUGCCGUCCCACUGAGCGCCAAGCAAAAAGCCCACGCCAACGCACCAAAGUCCCCGGCAGGCGUCACAUGUGCCGCGAAAUGGAGGACAUCUUCAUGCGCUGCUCUGCUUUGGAACCACAGGAAGCACCUUUGAUGCCAGAUCAUUCGAAUUUAAUCCGCGACAUCAUCUUCAACUCGGAUUCUUCCACCACCACCGAGGAGGCUGAUGGUGAAAAUGACGAAAAUGACAAUGAAGCAGAUGGUGAAGGGGAGACUGAAGAGGAGGAUAGAUCUCACCUGCAUCACAAUUGUGAGAGGGCGUCUGCACAUGCACAAGCACAGGCACAAGUAUCAACUAAUAAUCAUAAUAAUAUAAGCGCACAGUUAACCCAAGCGUUAUCAAGCGUCCCGGGCGUGAGUGUAAGUCCAAUUACAAGUCCUCAACAAUCGCAGCAGCAGCAGCGGAUGAAAUGCAGAAAAUUAGAUAGUGGUAUAGGUGAUGAAGACUCGAAUGAUGAAGAGCAGGCUGGGGAUUCCGGGCAGGCGCAGAGCAAACGGUCGAAACUUGGCUGGUUCAAUCGUUUCAUGAAAAGAACGCCUGAGAGUGGUACAGGUACGUCGACAAGUGUUGAUGAAGAAUCUCUGGUUGCUGUUGUUGAAGAGGUGAUGGAACAAGGCGAAGUGAUAGUGUCACCUCUGCUUAAUCUGGACGAUGAUGACGAUUCUUCGAUUACAAUCGAAGAAGACGAUGAUUCCGAUGAGUAUCCAGAGGAAGCACCUGUAGAUAAUGAGCAUUAUCAUAAAAGACGCACGGUGGAAAGCCCAUUCACCGAUUUGAUGUGUAAGAAGAUCAAUGAGUUGCCUCUGCCGCCGACGCUCAAAAGUUUUCUGAAUUUCUACCGGUAGACACCUUAACCUCAAUCUGCAACCUAAAUCUUGAAGUUUUUGUUUAGGUUAUCCACUGUUACGGUGUUUAUUGGUCGGAUUACAACUUGAUUCUUAACUAUUCUUAUCUCAUUGUUGUUUGUUAUAUGUUUAAUGUAGUUUUUAAGUUGUUAUUGUUCAUUUUAUUGCUUAUGAAUGAUGGCGAGGGAUUGAGCGUGUGAUUGUGGCAAACAUGACUGAAUUUAGCGAUGUAAGUUGUAUCUGGGAAAGGCCGAUGGUAAUGCGAAUAGCUUUAACAUUUUCUAAUGUUUGUAAAUAUUUGAAUAAUGUUGUGUCAUUUCGGUUUCCCACUAGCAUAGCGUUCAACGUUUAGUGAGUUGAUCGGUUGAUUGACGGUAGUAUACGUUGAAGAACGUCGAAAGUAAAAGUGCGCCGGUUUGCAGUUUAUAAUUAGACGAGAAGUUACACGAAACGCGUUAGGUAACACAUUUGCAUACUAAUAUUUAUCGCAAUCGCAUAGAUAGGUGAGUAAGGGACAGAUGAUUAUUGUAAACGAAUAUAUUGUACAAAUUUUGAAUAAAAUCCUUAUAAUAAA